AUGUGUGGUUACCGUGGAAACAACCACGCCGCGAACUGUUGUCACCUCCUGUACACACAGACUGUAUUCAGCAGAGUCCGGACAUAUCCUGGAGCUACACUGGCUUCACUCAGAAAGAGAAGGGCCUCGGACAGAGGCGCUGCCAUGGACAGUGCAGAAGUGCAGUCCGAAGAGGACGAGUCCCCUGACAAGGGAGAUGCCAAAGUGGAUGAGCAGCAGCACAAGAAAAAUAAAAAGCACAGAAAACACAAGAGCAAAAAGAAGAAGAGGAAGAGGAAGGAUGAGAAGGACAGCAGCUCUGAAUCUGCAGAGUCUGACAAAGACUCCUCCCCUCAGAGACCUGUGAGGACCACACGAGCCAGUGCACGGCUGGCAGCAGCUACUAUAGACCCGGUUGUGUCAAAAAGCGGCAGCAAAAAGCCAGUCACUACAGAUCGGACUGAAGGAGACUCACAAUCUAAAAAGCACAAAAAACACGCUGGCAAAAAGAAGAAGAAAAAGCGAAAGAAGGAUGAGAAGUCCCCCUCAUGUACUCCCUCAGACAGCAGCUCAGCGUCCGGCUCAGACUCCGAGGAUGAGCCCUCUAAGGACACUGAAGAGAUGAAAGCCAGCCUGGAUGUCCCAUCACCAGUGUCCAAAGUGACCUGCCAGGAGGAAGAGGAGAAAGAGACUCCCAUUCUCACUACCAAGUCUGAGCAUCCGAUGAUGGUCAAAGAAGAGGUCUGUGAUAGGACCUCUCCUCCCAAGGACAGCAGCACCAACGGGACUCAAGCAGAACACGAAGAAUAUGCGCCGCAAAGGUUCUCCAUUGCCCAGAAAGCUCAAGACCAGAUCGCCCAAGCGCAGCAGCAGAAGGACCCCCUCACGGUCCCCCAGAAGAGGCCAACGAUCCACAUCCAGGUCUCGCGGCAGAGCAAAGAAGUCUCGAAGCCGGACGCCCAGACGUGGAGCCGUAGGCAGGCGCUCUCGCUCCAUCACCAGGCUCCGGAGGUCUGUGUCCAGGCCACGACGAGGGCCGCGCCGGUCCAGGACUCGUUCUCCGGACAGACGAGCCAGUGGAAGGUGCUCACGGUCCUUAUCCAGACACCGCAGGUCCCCGCCCCCGAGGAGGAGGUCUCGCUCCCGCUCUCUGCACCGGGCCAGAAGGUCCAGGACACGCUCGCCACCCAAACGAGGCCACCGCUCCAGAUCCAGGAGCAUCCGCAAAUCUCCGCGGCGCAGGUCCAGGACCCGCUCCCCUGCGCUCAGGAAGCGAUCACGCACCCCGGUCCGAAAGAACCGGAGCCCUUCAAGAAGGCAGCGAUCACGGUCGCGCACACCUCCGGGCAAAAGGAAGUCCAAGACACCCAAGAGCAAGCGGUCCAGAUCGAGGCCAGAAAACCCACUGCUUCAAAGAAACAAGAGGAGGUCAACGGUGACAAAGCAGAACCUGUCUUGAAAUUAAUGUCUGGUGCCGCUGCUUCCAGUUCUCAAACUGAUAACACUUCAGAAAGGCUUGAAGAGAAACCUGCGGACAUCAUCCAGGACAAAGGGGAGAGCGGGAAUCUGAGCACAGAAGAUGGCACCUCAACAUCCAUGUCUGCAGCUCCGCCCUGUGCUCCCUUUGAGGAUAACAGUGAACGCAAUCAAUCUCCUGCUAAAGAGGACUCUCCACCAGCUCAGAAAGAGCUGUCUCCGUCUGCCUCACCACACUCUACUCCCAAGCCCCGCAAGAAGGCCUCCAGGUCCAAGUCCCCAGUCAGGAAGAAGUCCAGGUCUCCCAUGAAAAGAAAGUCCAAAUCCAGAAGUCCGGCUCGACGAAGGAAAUCCAGCCGUUCCCCUUCCCCCGCUCGCCGCAAACGCUCCGUCUCCAAGUCCCGCACGAGGACACGCAAAUCCCGGUCCAGGUCACCGACUCGGAGGCGGCGCUCACGCAGCCGAUCCCCUGCACUCAGGGCCAAGAGGCGCUCCAGGUCUGUGGACCGGCGGAAGAGGUCUAAGAGCAAAUCAGCGGACCGAAGAAAGCGGUCCAGGAGCAGAUCCACUGGCAGAAACAAACGAUCCAAAUCCAAGAGCAGAUCUGUGGGGAGAGGCAAGCGUUCCCGCAGCAGGUCGGCGGGUCGAAAGAAGCGCUCCAGCAGCAGGUCGGCGGGCCGCAGGAGGAGAUCCCGCUCCCGCUCGUCAGACCGCAGGCGGCGCUCCCGCUCCAGGGGCCGGGCCAGGAGACCGGCCUAUCGCAGCGGCUCUUUAGACAGGAGGGACCGAUGGAAGAGGGAGCCCAGCCACUCCCCUGUGCUCAUCCUGCGCAACCAGCGCCGCUCAGGCUCCAGAGGGCGCCGCAGCAACAGCAAGUCGCCGCCGCGCCUCACUGAUCUGGACAAGGACCAGUUGUUGGAGAUUGCAAAGGCCAACGCCGCCGCCAUGUGUGCGAAGGCGGGGGUUCCUAUUCCCGAGAGUCUGCGCCCCAAAGCCAUCCUCCAGCUGCCACUGCCCACUCCCACGCCCACCCCGCUGUCUCUGCCUCUGCCCCUCCCCAUGGGCAUGGGUAUGGGUAUGGGUAUGGGAAUGGGCAUGGGCAUGGGCAUGCCCAACAUGGCUGCCAUGGGUAUGCCAAACCUGCCUGGCAUGCCGAACAUGUCCAACAUGACCAUGAGUGCAGCAAUGGCCAGCAUGACGGCCGCCACCAUGACUGCAGCUCUCAGUAACAUGGGGGCUCUGGCUGCUAUGCCCCCCCUGGCUCCUCUUCCCACCAUCACAAACAAGCCCCCUCCCAACCUCAUCAUCCCUGCCCCCAACAUUAACCUAGACCAUGUGGAGGAGGCCAAGAGGAAGGUCACCCACCACGCCAACGUGCACACCAUCAAGGAACUCACCGAGAAGUGUAAGAUGAUCGCCAGCAGCAAAGAGGAGAUGGCCAUCGCUAAACCACACUUCUCUGAUGACGAGAGCUAA